AUGGCGCAGACUCAGCGCACCAGGAGGAAAGUCUGUUACUACUACGACGGAGAUGUUGGAAACUACUAUUACGGACAAGGCCAUCCAAUGAAGCCUCAUCGAAUCCGUAUGACUCACAAUUUGCUACUUAACUAUGGUCUCUACCGAAAAAUGGAAAUCUAUCGCCCUCACAAAGCCAAUGCUGAGGAGAUGACCAAGUACCACAGUGACGACUACAUUAAAUUCUUGCGCUCCAUCCGCCCAGAUAACAUGUCCGAGUACAGCAAGCAGAUGCAGAGAUUCAACGUCGGUGAGGACUGUCCGGUAUUUGAUGGCCUGUUUGAGUUCUGUCAGUUAUCUACUGGUGGCUCUGUGGCGAGUGCUGUGAAACUUAAUAAGCAACAGACGGACAUCGCUGUGAAUUGGGCCGGAGGCCUGCACCAUGCAAAGAAGUCUGAGGCAUCUGGCUUCUGUUACGUCAAUGAUAUCGUCUUGGCCAUCCUGGAACUGCUGAAGUAUCACCAGAGGGUGCUGUAUAUUGACAUUGAUAUUCACCACGGCGAUGGCGUGGAAGAGGCCUUCUAUACCACAGACCGGGUCAUGACUGUGUCCUUUCAUAAAUACGGAGAGUACUUCCCAGGAACUGGGGACCUACGGGAUAUUGGGGCUGGCAAAGGCAAGUAUUAUGCUGUUAACUACCCUCUCCGAGAUGGGAUUGAUGAUGAGUCCUAUGAGGCCAUUUUCAAGCCGGUCAUAUCUAAAGUGAUGGAGAUGUUCCAGCCCAGUGCGGUUGUCUUACAGUGUGGUUCCGACUCCCUGUCUGGGGAUCGGUUAGGUUGCUUCAAUCUGACCAUCAAAGGGCACGCCAAGUAUGUGGAGUUUGUGAAGAGCUUCAACCUGCCUAUGCUGAUGCUGGGAGGAGGCGGCUACACCAUCCGUAACGUGGCCCGCUGCUGGACGUAUGAAACAGCAGUGGCCUUGGACACAGAGAUCCCGAAUGAGCUUCCAUACAACGACUACUUCGAAUACUUUAGACCAGAUUUCAAACUUCACAUCAGUCCUUCCAAUAUGACCAACCAGAAUACCAAUGAAUACCUGGAGAAGAUCAAACAGCGACUGUUUGAGAACCUGAGAAUGCUGUCCCAUGCACCGGGGGUCCAAAUGCAGGUCAUUCCUGAGGACAUCAUUCCUGAGGAGAGUGGUGACGAGGAUGAAGAAGAUCCUGACAAGCGCAUCUCGAUCUGUUCUUCUGACAAACGAAUUGCCUGCGAGAAAGAGUUCUCGGACUCUGAUGAGGAGGGGGAAGGCGGUCGCAAGAACUCUUCCAACUUCAAAAAAGCCAAGAGAGUCAAAACUGAGGAUGAAAAAGAGAAAGACCCAGAAGAGAAGAAAGAAGUCAUAGAAGAGGAGAAAACCAAGGAGGAGAAGCAAGAAGCCAAAGGGGUCAAGGAGGAGGUCAAGUUGGCCUGAGCAGACCUCUCCAGUUCUGGCUUCCUGCCAAGUUCCCCACCUUCCUCCCACAAGCCCUCAGAUUUUAUAUUUUCUAUUUCUCUGUGUAUUUAUAUAAAUAUAUAUUAAAUAUAAA